AUGACGCCUGGAAUCGCUGGAAAAGCGAUGGCUGCAGAAUUCUCACCGAUUGCAAGUAACGUGUUUCAAUGUAUGGAUAUCGCGUGUUUAUGCGUCUUUUUUAGAGGAACGGGCGGCUCAAACUGUGUGGUCCAAGGUCGUCCCCUUGGAAAAGUGGUCCGUAAAGAGUACCGUAUGCUGUCGGAAGACGAACGGAAUCGUCUUCAUCAAGCACUCAGAACCCUUAAGUCGAAUGGAGAAUACGAUAGACUGUCCCGAGUACACGCACAGUAUGCAGAAAGUGGCGCCGCCCAUUCUGGACCCGCCUUCUUGCCAUGGCAUAGGGAGUUUGUGAAGAGAAUGGAGUUUUUGAUUCGACAGGUCGACCCGUCCCUCCAUUUACCCUACUGGGACUCCACACUCGAUCAGAAUCUUCCAGAUUCUAAGGACUCGAUUUUAUGGACCAACGAGUUUAUGGGCGACCCUACCGGCUCCGUCACCAAUGGCCCAUUCAGAAGUUGGCGGACUAUUGAGAACAAGGCUACCAUAACCCGGGCGGUGGCCGCUCAGGGGAAAGGAUACUCGGAGGAUGAGAUUAAUACGAUGAUGGGACAAUCGGAUAUCGCACAAGUGUUAGCCUUCUCGGCGCCACAGAGGGGUUGUCCAUACCAACCGAACUUCAACGUGCCCGAGUACACACAUGGUAACCCGCAUAUUUAUGUGGGCGGAGACAUGCUUGAGACGUCUACCGCCGCGAAUGACCCGAUAUUCUGGAUGCAUCACUCAUUCGUCGACUUGUUAUGGGAACAGUACCGACAGACGAAGCAGACCCGCGCAACACGUGAGACCGCGUACCCCGCUGACAAUAAGUUGUGUAGCAGUGAGCACCACUUCCGAGCAGCCUUCAUGCGACCAUUCACUCCGAUGAGAAACGCGGAUGGAUUGAGCAAUAUGUACACGGAUAACUUGUACACAUUCGCGCCGAGACCCAGUUGUAAUGCGGGACCGACGUGUGGAUCGCCAUACCUGUUCUGCGACAAAUCACACGGCGCCCCAAGAUGUGCCGCACGGCUGAAACCUGGCGGGAACUGUGCCAGUUUUAAGAAUGGAGAACCAGCGUGUUAUGAGGGUAGCUGUCAGGCGGGAAAGUGUGUCGCCGUGUCACCUACCGUCACACCACCACCCACUAUUCAACCGACAAAGCCGGUGGUUACGGUGCAGACGUCUUGCUUCAACGAAAACGAGUGUUGCGGUCCUUGGGCGACCAAGGGAGAAUGUCGAAAGAAUCCGGUCUAUAUGAAUGUUUGGUGCAAGGCGUCCUGCAAUCAGUGUACACCAAAUUAUAAUAUUAAUGAGGAAUGCUCUGACCGUCAUAGCAACUGUGCGCAGUGGUCACGAUCCGGCGAGUGCAACAAAAAUCCGUUGUGGAUGUCUGAAAAUUGCAGAAAAUCUUGCCAGAAAUGCGGGCGGUCACGAGCGGUGACGUGUGGCGGGGGUGGAACGGAUAAUAUCGCGGUCACCCAAGCGCCAGCCUCUCAGAACACUCCAUGUGACUCCCCAAUGUGUUAUAACGAGGACCAGUGUUGCCCAAUAUGGGCGCAACGUGGACAGUGUCAGUCCAACCCGACGUACAUGACGUGUCAAUGCAAAGUCAGCUGUGGAGUGUGCCGCCCGAAUUAUGUGUAUGGACCAUGUGCGGACUACCACACCGACUGUGCGGCGUGGGCGAGACGUGGCGAGUGUGGAAAGAAUAAGUGGAUGCCGGAGAAUUGUAGACGGUCGUGUAAUACUUGUGUCACGCAGUGA